AUAGACAUUGUUAAUAACUUCAGAGCGCUGUACGAUGCAGAGACAUAACAAUGCAGUUGUGGCCUUUGGGAUUAAUUAGUGAGAUCUUAUCAUCAUUCUCCAUUGGGAAGGAAAAGGACCCCACAUCAGAGGAAGUGUCAGCUGCUCUUGUCCAGGACUGACACAAUGAUGUAUCCCAUGACCUUGGGCCAUACCCCGACACCUCCGUGCCCUGAAGCCAUGCAGUGUGACACUGAAGGCAGAGAAGAUAUUGCUUAUGACCAAAAGGCAUCAAGAUCUUGCCCAUCAUUUCAAUGAUCCUGAACUAUCUGAACUCCGAUAAGAACUGAGGAUUUUGGUUGAAAAGUAGUGUUUGGAUAUUAAAAAAGAAAAGAAAAGAAUUCUAAGAAGCAAUCAGUCUUCUCAGCUUCUGUCUUCAUGAUCUGUUUCCAGGCACAGUAACUGCCAGGAUAUGUGCAACCUGCAAUUUUUUAGAUAAAUUAUGCUGGGUUAAUUGCAUGUUACUUGGUUUUCUUCCUCCAGUUACACAAUGGUGACGCGUUGUUUGUUAGCAAUAUAUAGACUCGUGGCACAGAGCACAGAAAGGCAAAGUCUAGCUUUUGAAUUUCGAGCUGUUCAGUUUGCAGUAGUUUUCAAAUAUGCCCAAGUGUAAGACAUUCAAUAUUCAAAGAAAGCUGCUCUGUUUAGCACAGCACAGUUUUCUGAUGAUUCAGGGUUUAGCACGGCUACGGCAGAACCUUCUUUAAUCCUCAAACAAGUCAGUAAUCUUGCUUGCAAGUGUCCUUUUGAUGAGUUUAUUAAAUGUAAUUAAAACAGAUUUUUACCUUUGCAUCACUAAAAUUACUCACACAUAGGUGGCUUUUGAUGCAUGAAAUCAUUCUUGGAAGAGCCCAAGAAGCACAUUAACUUUCUUAUUUUUCUUUAUGAGAGUCCUGGCAUAUGAUUUAUUACUUUUUACAGGGUUUUACAGAGAGCAGUGUCUUACGGAUACAGUGGUUUCAGAAUAACAGGCUGAACUAUCAAAAGAUACAUUGUUAUUGCUCUGAUUUUGUUUUCUAAGUGUGAUUUGAUUCAUAGUUCUGGUGACAGAGGACAUCCAAAGGUGCGGAAUUCCCUGUGUGCGAUGUGCAGCUGCACACUGCCAGGUGUGAGCACCAGGAUGCAAAAGAAGAAGGUUUCAGAGAAUUCUGAACUUGGUGGUACCACAUGAGAUGUUCCCAAAGGCAAAGCUACCUGUUAAAGUGAUGCUGAGGUUUGGCAGAGGAGAGGGGAACGCACACAGCCUGCUUCCUCAUGCUUUCUGACUCUCCAAAAUGCCAUUACAAGGGAAUACUGACACAGGAUAAUUGCUGCACACUCACACAAAGCUAUGACUGACAUCGGAGAUUACAUAGGCUCCAACAUCGAAAUAUCCUGGUUACCCAACCUGGAUGAUUUGAUGAAAGGCUAUGCACGUAAUUUCAGGCCUGGGAUUGGAGGUCCUCCUGUUAAUGUUGCUCUUGCAAUUGAAGUAGCCAGCAUUGACCACAUCUCAGAAGUGAACAUGGAAUACACUAUGACAGUAUUUUUGCACCAGAGCUGGCGAGAUGACCGUCUGUCUUACAACCACACCAAUGAAACGCUGGGGUUGGACAGCCGCUUUGUGGACAAGCUCUGGUUGCCAGAUACCUUCAUAGUAAACGCCAAGUCUGCCUGGUUCCAUGACGUGACUGUGGAAAACAAACUUAUCAGGCUCCAACCAGAUGGAGUCAUUUUAUACAGCAUAAGGAUUACCUCAACGGUGGCAUGUGACAUGGACCUCUCCAAGUACCCAAUGGAUGAGCAGGAAUGCAUGUUGGACUUGGAGAGCUAUGGUUACUCUUCAGAGGACAUUGUCUACCACUGGUCAGAAAACCAGGAUGAGAUCCAUGGGCUGGAUAAGCUGCAGCUUGCUCAAUUCACAAUUACUAAUUACCAGUUUACAACAGAACUGAUGAACUUCAAAUCUGCAGGUCAGUUUCCCAGGCUGAGUCUCCACUUCCACCUUCGAAGAAACCGAGGUGUUUACAUCAUUCAGUCCUACGUCCCUUCUAUCUUACUAGUGGCCAUGUCGUGGGUAUCCUUCUGGAUCAGUCAGUCAGCUGUGCCUGCCAGAGUGUCAUUAGGCAUAACUACUGUUCUUACAAUGACUACACUGAUGGUCAGUGCCCGAUCUUCGCUUCCACGAGCAUCUGCCAUCAAGGCACUUGAUGUUUACUUCUGGAUAUGCUAUGUGUUUGUCUUUGCUGCACUGGUAGAAUAUGCUUUUGCACAUUUCAAUGCUGACUACAUGAAAAAGCAGAAGAACAAGAUCAAGGCGAAAAGGCAGAGUGGAGAGAUAAACGUGAAGAAUGCCAUUGUUCUGUUUUCCCUCUCCAUAGCUGGUGUGAGCCAGGAACUGGCCAUUUCCAACAGGCAGCACCGAAUCCCCAGAAGUCUGCCUGGAUCAUAUGGCACAAUAGAAAUAGAGACUGGAGAGACUAAACAGCAGCAAGAGAUGAAACUGGAUAAAAAGAGUGGUCUGAAGUCCCUCUUUAAGCCCAUCGAUGCUGAUACCAUCGAUAUAUAUGCCAGAGCAGUGUUCCCAGCAGCCUUUGCAGCAGUCAAUGUUAUAUACUGGGUUGCCUACACAAUGUAAAAAGCACAGAACUUUGUGAAGAGCUAAGAAUCGAACAGUACCAACACACUGAAAAGUCCUUGCUGAAACUGUAUUGUACCAUCUCUUCUCAAAAUAUUUUCCAGUGACCUUGGGACAUUUCUAGUCAAGAAACUCCUGCAAUCAAUUCCUACUAAAGCAGCAAGAGAAAGCAUUUGUUACCAGUCUGAUUUGAUAUAUUAAGAACUGUACUCUGCUCAACAAUCCCAGCUCCUUUUGUUUCCUCUCUUACAAUGAGAAAACAUUUCAUAUGUACAUAACUGCAGAAGUUUAAAUCUUAAACUACCAUAGUUUUUCUCCACCUGAAGGGUUGGUAAGUAAUGAAGGUUUAGCCUCUCACACUCAGAGCACUUCAUUUUCCAUAGUGGAACAGCUAAUUCCUAGCUUCCACACAAAUGAUUUUCUGUGGAAUGGUCUAACUUUAAUGCAAGUGGCAAAGCUGGAAAUUUUAAUCACAAAAAAUCCCGUGAUAAAAGUAAAAAUAGAAGUGAGUGGGGGUUUAUUGAAUUUUCCUUUGUCUUAGAUAAAGUAUUGAAAACAUUUCAGUGCUCUUAGUCACAGCAUGAAAUAAAAUGCACUACAUAGAAUUGUACUGAAUUGUUAAUAAUGACAGCAUUACAUUUCAGAUCUAAGCUAAUGAAAGUUUAAACACCUAAGCAUAGUAACCUUUGUUAGUUCAGUGGGCCCCAAAGCAGACAAAAGUGGUUCAGAAACACAGGGAAAGCUCAGCCUUUCUGUGUUGGAUCACUAACAAUUUCAGAGGUGCUUGGUAAUGAAGGAACUCCAACUCAGUUUUCAGGAAGGACUUCAGAAUUUCUUCCAUUAGUUUCAGUGACAGUCUGCCCCACGCGCCUCUGAAAAUAUCCUUUUUGCAUCUGGCACUAAAUAGCUGAGUGAAGUUCAAAGAUAUCAUAAAUGGCUUUAAGUCAUUCAGUCGCUUUGGAUAUUUUUGCCAUUUUUAUUCAGUGGCUGACAUAAUGUUAGGCUUCUUCAUUUCCCUUAUUUGACAGUGAAAUGUGUGAGAACUCAGACACACUCCUUAAUUCAAGACUGGAUCCUCUCACCAUACUCAUACAAAGUAAUAUUUCAUCCAGGGAUCUCAGCAAAUGAAGGCAGUAUUCACAACAAGUACAUGUUUCAUAAUUAAUCACUAUCAAAAAAACACAGUGAAUAGAUUGGGAUAUAGAUUAAAACAACAGACGUAUUUAAGACACUUCAAGAGGGAAACAUUGGGUUUGGGUUGUGGGUUUUUUGUUGUUGUUGUUUUUUGUUUGUUUGUUUGUUUUGCUUCUGGUGCCUUGAAAGAAAAAGGUUGUUCCAAAUCUAGAGAAAGAAGAUGCAACAGAAAAUACUACAUGAGAGAGGGAGGGAAUGAGAGAGGCUAAGGAGAUGAAUGAAAGCUGCUAUGGAAGAGAGCAUGAGGAGGUGCAGGAUGAAACAAGACACAGGAUGCAACUGAGAGAAGAAUGGUGCUGGGCUUGGAAGAUGAGCACGGCUGAUGAGUGACAGAUGGAAUUGCAAUGAGGAGGAGACAAGCAUUGUGUCACAUAUCCCUCCCACCUUACCUGUCUGUGACACGUGGCUGGAUUUCAUAUGACCAGAACUGAAAGACCAUUUUAACACAAAUUUGUAACUUAAAAAGAGAUUUGUUUAAUAUCACUGAAGUAAGAGAAUGCGCUGAAGAAAAUUAACGAUCCUGAACUGAGCUAUAAUAUAAAAUACGAUCCCAUCGUAAGUCAGGCUGAGGAUCACAUGGAUUAUUUCUGUUAUAACGGAAACAUUUUCUGCCAGCCAUAUGCUGGAAGGUGCAAACCAUCAUCAAGCUAUAUUUUUUCAAGAAAGUUCAUAUCAGUCUGGCCCUGGACUGAGACACCUGGAUUUUGCACUAAGCUCUUGCCGCUGACGUGGGGGUGAACCUUCCUGGAGUUGUUUCAUUGCAUCAUCUGCAAAAUGGGUAUAAUAAUACUGAUUUCUUUACUAAGGCUUUGAGUUCUACAGAGGCAAAACCCUUUUGAGAGACACAGAAACUGUCAUCCUCCAACUAGGUAUGUGCACUCAAACAGUACUUGUGUGCUGCAAUUUACCAUAGUUCCUGAGACUUACUUACUGAAUUAAAACAUUGUUUCAUCUUACUCAGAAAGCUAAUAAAAUUGUGCAUCUCCUUUUAUAUGUGAAGGUAAUCAGGGCUCCUUUCUGUAUCCAGCCAGUUUCACUAGCUAUUAUCAUUGCCUUUCAGUGUACGUAACUACAAUAAAGGGAAAUGGUUGACUAAAUACAGCAGAGAAAAUAGUGGUAGCAACUUCCUACAGAAUAUAAAUCCUAAAAUAAUCCAUGAUUUUGGGAUUAAAGUUAUUACAGAACAGGAAAAAAGCAGUGAUCUAGUCCCUGUAGUGUACAGUGUCUGGUUAUUUAGGGUAAUUAGUAAGAAAGUGGCUGCAUACAUUCUAAAGGCAAUGUCUAAUCUAAUUACUUCAGCAGUAAUAGUUUGUAGUUGUGCACCUGACACAACUCCUUACCCUGAAGCCAACUGAGGUAAUCACAGGGGGUUAUUGGACAAAAUUAGCUGCUUCUCCACCUGGGUGACAGUCACUGGCUGCACACCCUGCUGACUUCUUCAAAAGGUUUAUUCAAUGAAUUUUUCUGUACUCGACUGCAGAUCUUCAAGGUGUACAGCUAUUUGUGACUGCCCAAAGUAAAGGGUGGCUACUGUCUUUCCCUCAAAAAAAAUCCACAAACCUAACAACAAAAACCACCAAAACCACAACCCGGGACAAAACAAAAAAAUAACACCAAAACCAAAGCCAGAACGCUAGGCUGUCACAAAGUUGUAAACAGAAGCAUAAAUAAAGGGGUGGGAAAAAACCUCAGAAUAUUUCAGGAAGUCAGAAUGUGAGAGUACAGAUGGCAGUUGUGUCCACCCCAGGAAUGGGAUGACUCAGAAGGGAGAACAGGUGUUCGUGCUACUGCACUUGCAGAGCAGCACAAGACAGAACACCUCCAUUGUGAAGAGUUAUAUUUUCUGAAAUGUGUUUCCAAAGCCAGAAAUAAAACAGAUGCCAUUCAGACUCUUUUACAGGAGGGACUUUAGUACAGGAGUAUUGUGUAAUUAUUGGAAUUUUGAAUAAAACUGAAGCUUCUGUACAUUUGAGAUUGUUCUACAUUUUUGUUUUGUUUUGUUUUCCAUUUGAAAACCAUUAUACGUUAUUAAUAUCUAAGGACAAUGCCCUAAUCAACUCUAUGUUUAUGGCACACUUAAUAAACAAAUAAACGAAAUCUAAUGUCACUAGAAGGCUAACAAGCUUUGGAUGGGUUGUACUAAUAUCAGGAAAGAAAUAUAUAUACGUGAGGGCUGUACCUGGAAGUAUUUAUAUUCCUUUCAUCAAAUUAGAGUACUGCUCUAAAAUCCUGGUGUGUCUGUGAGAAAGAAAGUGGGAUGUGUAUUAAUGUAAUCAUUCUCAAUGUCAAGCAUUAAUAAAGCAUAGUUUGUAUAGAA